AUACUGACCGUCCAAACAUCGCCGGAGGGUAUAAAGGCGGGGGAGGAGGGAGGAUUCCUCGUGUUCUCCACGCGAUGCGGUGAAUUUUCCGGCGGUACUUUCAGGGGCGAUCCGAAAAUCGACGGUCCAUAUUUGUCCCUGCCCACCGGCUUGCGCGAAACCCGAGUUCGUGAGGCAUCGUUUGUCAGGAAUGGAGUUUUUUAGAGGUCUCAGUGACGAGCCAUCAUCAGAGCUGGUCUUUGCUCAACAGGAUAUCCAAAGAUGUCCAUUUCUGAGGAACAUCAACGAGCCGACAAACUUUUCCUUCUCUUCAAGAUUGGGUUUCCCUAUACCUGUGAGAGGAGCUAAAGGGCCCAUUUUUGAGGAUGGGCCUAAUUUUGACUUGGCAUUCAGGCUUUUCCAUGGUCGUGAUGGAGUUGUUCCACUUACUGGAACAUCCUUUCACAAGCCAGAUACUUUGGAGCCUGAAUCUGCUCCAAAAUUUAACCCGUUGGCUGCAAAAGCAGCAACAAUAAGCCUUUCAGCCUUUGGACCUGGGGGCCCCUUCAGCUUUGAUUUUUUCUCUGAGAAAUGGAAGAAACAAAAUCAGAGGCCUUCAUCCAAGAAAGAAGGUUCCCAGCAGGGAAGCUCUCACGAAGCAAUGAGCAAUGAAUGGCUUGAAACUGGGAACUGUCCAAUUGCAAAAUCCUAUAGAGCAGUAAGUCAUGUCCUGCCACUUGUUGCCAAAGCAUUGCAACCACCUCCAGGUAUAAAGCUCAAGUGCCCACCUGCUGUUGUUGCUGCCCGGGCAGCUCUGGCGCGAACUGCACUUGUGAAGAACCUAAGACCACAGCCCCUGCCUGAAAAAAUGCUUGUAAUUGGCAUGUUGGGCAUGGCUGCUAAUGUUCCUUUGGGCGUAUGGAGAGAGCAUACCAAGAAAUUUUCUCCAUCUUGGUUUGUUGCCAUCCAUGCUGCAAUUCCAUUCAUAGCUAUGUUGAGGAAGUCUGUGCUUAUGCCCAAGUCAGCAAUGGCAUUCACGAUUGCAGCUUCAGUUUUGGGUCAGGUAAUUGGCUCAAGAGCUGAGAGGUACAGAUUGAAGAAACUAGCAGCACGAGCAAACGUGGAGUCAGCAGUAAUGCCGACGCAGGUGUUCAAAGUGGAAAAUGGUGGAGAUGCAGUUAGCGCACCUCUUGCAGCUGGAGCUGACGGGAGUACCUCCCACCCUGAGCACCGGGGUGGGACUGGGACGUGCGGAAUGUAUGUCUGGAGCCCACUUCCACUGAAGGCGUCUCCAGAAUCUUCUACUGAAGAAGUUUGUUUCUAAGUUGGCUCGUGGGGAGUCUGGGUGACUCUUUAUUUCUUUGAGGUUCUGCAUGUAUGUUGGAGAUUGCAGGAAUAAAUAAAAACACCACACUUUGUUUAACGUAAACAAAACUGCCGGUUUUACCAGGUUUGAACUUAGUGUAAACUGGUUGAACUUGCAAAAGUUUGUCUUUAGUUCUGGUUGUCCUAAAAAAUCUUUGAUGAAAUAGCAUCUAUUAUUCUAAGA